AUGGAUUACAUCUCGGACAAUCCCUCCGCGGUUAACUUCCCCGGUACGACCACACGCGGCCAUGCUGCUGCUGCUGGCGGCUGCGUCUCUCCCCUUAGGACAGCCUCUCGGGUCUCUCCUCCACUUUUCGCUGCUGCCUUGCCGCUGCCUUCCUCCUUCCUGCAGCGAAUGCGUCGCCUUAUCGGCAUUCUCCAUCUGCCACCCUCUCUUAUCCCUCUGCUCCCCCAUCCCCGCCGCGCAGGUCCGCCGCGCGUGUCCGCCAACUCAUGCGCGCGCCCAUGCAAGGUGCCGAACCCGCCGAUCGUCAUCAACGUGGGGUUCGAGCGCGACAUUCUGCGCCGCGCCACGCUCCCCAACGACACGCUCGUGACCAUGCUGCUGUGGAGCAACGUGCGCCUGACACGUGGACUAGUGUUCGGAGCCAACUUCUCGUGCACCAUCUUCAACUCCACGCGCCCCGGCAGGCUCACCAUCUCGCUGCCCAACACCGCCACGCCAGUCCUGGAGCUGUUCAACACGCACAACGUGCUCGUGCACGGCAUCAACUUCCACAUCUCCGUGAGGGACUCCGACACCACCAUCUGCCGCUUCCCCAACAUCGACCAGGUGCGAGACAUCUACAUCGGGCGCUACUCCUGCCCGGCCAUCUUCCUCUUCCGUGUCUUCGCCGUGCAAGUCACACAGGGCACGGUGCACGGACGGAUUGAUGUCAUGCGCGCCGCGUACUCGCGAAUUGACAACAUGCGAGUCACUGUGAAUCCUGCCAAUUGGCCGGCAGCCAUCCGUGUGUCCUACUCUGGGCAUGGCCCGACUCUGCAGCGCUCCAACGUAUGGAUUACAAACAAUGAGCUGUUUUCCGGAGGGGAGGGGCGGGAGCAGGCGCAGCGGGCGCGCGUGGGGAUCAUGAUCUUGUGGGGCGGGAUAGGGGUGAACGUGAUGAAUAACCGCCUGCACGACUUUACCCUCGCGGGGAUCCAGAUGGGCCACGGCAUGAACAACGUGGGCGAUGCCAUGUUGACCAAAGUGGCCUACAAUGAGAUUCGGCACGACUUUGGCGAGACAGGGGCGAACACGCGGCUGGACAACAGUGGGAUUUACUUUGACACGCACUGGGUGAACCCUGGGAACUACCUGCGCUGCAACUAUGUGUACCGUGGUGGGCACUGCCUGUACAUCGACUGGGUGUCCAGUGGGGUCAUCUCGGAUGGGCUUGUGUGCGACCAGACAGCUGAUGGGCUCAAGCUCAACUCUGGAAAGAACAACAUGAUACUGGGCAUGGUGAUGAUCAACACGACGCAGUUCUCAGUGGGGUACAUCUCGUGCCAGAACAACCACCUCAACAACUGUGAUAACUACGCUGGCCCCAACUGGAACCGCCUCCUCAAAACCUACUUCCAGACGCCCGAGAUUCGAUGGAAUUAUCCUUAUCUGACCAACUUUUGUGGGAAGAACCGCAUCAACGGCAUUGACUGCAACAAUGGCACAGAUGCUGCUCACAGCCGCGCGGUCACAUCUGGAUGCAGCGGGCUUCCCACUGAAAACUACGCAGAGCUAGUUUCUGCCACCCCGUCAGGCUCUCCAAAAUAUGUCAUCUACAUGCCCAACUGUGCGCCCUUCCCUUCUGUGCCUGCUCUCAACCGCAUGCGUUAUUUUGCCACGAGUAUCGACAAAGCAGGGUUCAGGGAUUCUAAGAAUGGGGAUUUUGGGCUGAGGAGCAACUCCGAGGAUCUGUGCGUGCUGCUAUUCACCUCCAGCCGCGACCCGGGCAUAGUCCCGCGCAACACACAGCCCCCCGAGCCGGACGGUGACGUGGAGGCGCCGCGGCCGUCGGGAGGGCGGCGGCUGCCGCGGACGAAGGACGUGGUGAUAAAGGGCAAGACGGUGAAGGUUAAAUACUGCGACACCUGCAUGCUGUACCGACGCAAUUUUGGAUCCGCGCCUUUUUUCCCCCAUCCACCCCCCUCCAUCCGGGAGCUGCUUCCGCUCCAGCAUCACACAAAGUUCUCCUCCCGCAUCCCCUCUCCCGCCACCCCGUCUUCCUGUGCGCGGCAGGCCGCCGCGGUGUUCGCACUGCAGCAUCUGCAACAACUGCGUGGAGAGAUUCGACCACCACUGCCCCUGGGUGGGCCAGUGCAUCGGCAAGCGCAACUACCGAUUCUUCUUUCUCUUCGUGUGCUCCACCACGGCGCUCUGCAUCUAUGUCUUCUCACUCUCCGCCUACCUCAUCAAGGUACCUCUCGCUGCCAUCCCUCCUGCUGCUCACUGCUGCCCCUCUUGCUACUCAUUUCCGCCCCCCUGCUGCUCAUUGCCGCCCACCUGCUGCUCAUUGCCGCCCACCUGCUGCUCAUUGCCGCCCACCUGCUGCUCAUUGCCGCGCUUCUGCUGCUCACUGCCGCCCCUCCAAGUGCCCAGAACUCACUAUGCCCGUCUUUUCUGUUGCUCCUUCCUUUUCACCACUCCACCAACCCACUACGAUCUAACCACUCGCACCCGCCCCAUCCCCUGCCCUCACCGCGCAACCCCCGUUCCUGCCCGUGCCUCCGCCAGGUGCUCAUGGACAAUGCGUACGAGCCGGGGGGGGAGACGCGCACGGUGUGGCAGGCGCUGGGGCAGGCGCCCAUGGCGGCCGUGCUCAUGGCGUACACCUUCCUCGCCGUCUGGUUCGUUGGGGGCCUCUCCGCCUUCCACCUCUACCUCAUGUCCACCAACCAGACGACGUAUGAGAACUUCCGGUACCGGUACGACAAGAAGCGCAACCCCAACAACCGCGGCAUCAUGCGCAACGUGUACGAGGCGCUCUGCUCGCCCAUCCCGCCCUCCCGCAACCACUUCCGCGCCGACCUCCCCGACCCCUCCGCCCCCCAGCCCCCCACAGCCCCCUCCGACCCCCAACAGCCCGAGCUCUCCGCUGCCAUCCCCCCUGCGCGGCGCCACAGCAAGGGGUCUAGGCCCGGGUCGAGAGGGUCGUCUGGGGGAAGGUCUCCUGCGCAGCGGGGGGGGAAAUCGCCUGCGCAGCGGGAGUAUGAUUUGGUGGAGGUGACUAAAUUGAGGGAGGACGAGGGGGGGCAAUUGGCGGAUCAAAUCGUGGAGGCGGGCGGCGUGAUGCCGUCUGGUGCGGGGGUGGCUCGGUCGGGGUCGAGAGAUGGGUCCGGGCGGGAGAGUGGGGGGAGCGGGCGGAAGGGGGGGAAGAAGAAAUCGCAUAGUGGGAAGCUGAGGGAGAAGGGGGAGGGGCGGAAGGGGAAGCAUAGAGAUAGAGGAGAGGGGGAUGGGGCAGGGGAGGGAGUGGAGGGGGCAGUGGGGGUUGGGGAUGUGGUGGGAGGAGGGGGAGGAGGGAUGGGGGGGCAAGUGGCAGUGGAUCUGCAAGGGCAGGAGUACGUGCAGCGGAGGUACAGCCCCGUGCCCGACGUUCCUAGAGACGGGCUCUAG